AACUCAAAAUUCUGCCUGGGGCGCUUCCAUAUUUGGAAGUCACAUGUGUCGUACGUCACAGCUCUGUCCCGCCUUGAACUGCCUUUGACAUUGUGAUCUCGUGACAUCUCGUGCUAUACGAGACAAAUGACAAAGAAAAUAUGGCUGACGCGGAGUUCGAUGCAAGUGUAUGUUUGGCUCUCAGUUUGCUGAAAAAUGUGCCCAUCGAAGAAAUUAAAAGAUGAACAAAAAGAGGCUCUUGUUCAUCUCUUGAAUGGUGAGGAUGUUUUCGGGGUGCUACCAAAAGGGUAUGGAAAAAGCUUGAUAUAUGAGAUCGUCCCAAAACUGUUUCCAAUAUGUAGACAAAAGAAGGUAGGAACAUCGGAUAUUGAAAUUGCUGCAUCAGUGAUCGUCGUAUCGCCAUUGAUAUCGUUGAUGAAAGAUCAGAUAGAAGAGAUGAUACAGCUGGGGCUUGACUCAGUAUACCUCAGUAGUGAGCACGAGCUAACAGAACCCGAGUUGCAGAAACUAAAGCUUGGAGAGUACGAUGUUGUAUUGGCAAGUCCAGAAUCGUGGCUGGGGAAGUACAGGUACCUCUUCGACAUCGAGGACUUUCGGAACAACAUUUGUUUGCUGGUUGCAGAUGAAGCUCAUGUUAUACGUAACCACAGUGGGGGUUGAACCAGAAGCGCAAGAAAGCUUUUAGGGGAGCUUUUUCACAGCUCAGAGAAUUGAGGGCUCUAGUAAGAAAGGACAUUCCCUUCUUGGCUCUGACAGCCACAGCUAACAAGAGGACGAGAAAGAAGAUUACACAGGCACUGCUAUUAAGGAAGCAACACUAUAU